AUGAUUGCUGAGGGGAAUUACUUGAAGCAAAACGAGAUGAACCAACAACAAGAAACCAAAUAUAAUAAACACUCAGAAGAACUGGAAGAUUCAGAUUUAGAUGAUUUCAUAGGACCGAUACUAAUCCCCAAGGCAUCACCUAAUAUAAUCCCCACUAAAACAGUGGAUAUACCUGAUAGAGGUCCUAGUUUACAGGAACUUCAUAUAAAGAAACAGGCAAUAUCCAAGGAUUCAGAUAAACAUAAAAUUCCCACACAUUUUGAUCAUUCUAAAGGAUUAAAUGAAGAAGUUAAACAAGAAUUAUUAAGAAAGCUAAAUGCAGAUGGAGGAUUAUCAGGGAGAUUCACAUCAUCAAGUAAGAAAUAA